AUGGAAGACCCCAUCACGAGGUUCUACAAAUGCAGAAAAACCUGUUGUGAGAUGCUCGAGGACAGGGGAUACAUCAUAACACCCAGAGAGAAGCUGGAAAACUUUGCCACAUUCAAGGAGCAAUUUGAGGAAAAUGAAAAAUUACGAUCCAGAAUGACUAUCAUUACAAGUCACAAGAACGACGCAAACAACAAAAUUAUAGUUUACUUCGCAGAUGAAAUUAAAAAAACGGGAGUCAAACCUUUGAGAGAGCUGACGGAAAAAAUGGAUGAAAAGUCAAUUCAGAGAGCAAUACUUGUGACGCAAAAUACGUUGACGCCCUUCGCUCGAGAUGCAAUUAAGGAAGCUGCCCCCAGACACAUCAUAGAAAAUUUUUUGGACACCGAAUUGUUGGUUAACAUAACCAAGCACGAGCUGGUUCCAAAGCACAUCCCCCUCACGAGUGACGAAAAAAGGAACCUCCUACAAAGAUAUAAGAUUAAAGAAAACAAGUUGCCUCGAAUUCAAGACGUGGAUCCUGUGUGUCGAUACUUCGGCCUCGCAAAAGGACAGGUUGUUAAAAUAAUCAGGCCCAGUGAAACAGCUGGUAGGUACGUGACCUACAGGCUCGUGGUUUGAAAGCGACCCAUUUCGUGUGUCGACUUCACCUCCCUGCAAAAUUGCCGAUCCAUUUUUGUCAUUUUUUUUUUUCCUGUUUUCUUCCUUGUUACCACGAUAUCGUGUGAACAUGUAUUCAUGCUGUUCCCGAUUUCACGCCAUCAUAAUAGUGAGCAUGCGUGCAGUUGCUUCUCCGAGUUUUUCUCCCCCACGUAGUAACCGAUUUGAAUGUUUGCUUUUCCAGCUCCUUUUUAUUUCGUUUACUCAUUACCAUUGUUUUUGAUACUUC